CGAGCCUUUUUCCUGCAUCCGGGCCUGAGAGUGCAGGCUUGAGGGAAGCAUGGAGGUUCAUGGUAAGCCCCAGGCUAGCCCGAGUUGUUCGUCGCCCACCCGUGAUUCCUCAGGAGUCCCAGUGUCCAAGGAGCUGCUGACGGCGGGAAGCGACGGCCGCGGAGGUAUAUGGGACAGGUUGCUCAUCAACUCCCAACCUAAGUCCAGAAAGACCUCCACUCUUCAAACAGUUCGGAUAGAGAGGAGUCCCUUAUUGGACCAGGUACAGACAUUUCUCCCACAGAUGGCACGGGCAAAUGAAAAGCUAAGAAAAGAAAUGGCAGCUGCACCACCUGGUCGUUUCAAUAUUGAAAACAUUGAUGGGCCUCAUAGUAAAGUUAUACAAAUGGAUGUGGCUUUGUUUGAGAUGAAUCAGUCGGAUUCAAAAGAAGCGGACAGUUCAGAAGAGAGUUCACAAGACAGUUCAGAGAACAGUUCAGAAUCAGAGGACGAAGAUGACAGCAUCCCAUCUGAAGUCACCAUAGAUAACAUUAAGCUUCCCAAUUCUGAAGGUGGAAAAGGCAAGAUUGAAGUUUUGGACAGUCCAGAAAGUAAAAAAAAGAAAUAGUCAAAUAAAUUAUCUGAAAAGAAA